UUCAGCCUAUAAGAAAAGCGAGGCGGCACUUAUAGAAGAAAAAGGAAACAAACCGGAAGGGUAUGGCCAGCAAUUUUCCCGUGAAAUCGCCGUUCCGAUUUCUUCCAUUUUCGCCGCAGCUUUUACACGCUACUUCAAUCGUCUCCGGCAACUGUUAGGAGGGAGGUAUGGCUGAAACAAUUGAUUUGACUGGAGAUGGAGGUGUGUUGAAGACAAUUGUGAAGAGAGCCAAACCUGAAGCAAUUGGUCCAUGUGACAACCUACCUCUUGUUGAUGUGCAUUAUGAAGGGACACUGGCAGAGACAGGUGAAGUAUUUGAUACUACACAUGAAGACAACACAAUAUUCAGCUUUGAAAUAGGAAAGGGAUCUGUGAUAAAGGCUUGGGAUGUUGCUUUAAGAACCAUGAAGGUUGGAGAGGUUGCCAAAAUUACUUGCAAGUCGGAUUAUGCCUAUGGAACUGCAGGUUCUCCCCCUGAGAUUCCACCAAAUGCAACUCUUAUAUUUGAGGUGGAGCUGGUGGCCUGCAGGCCAAGGAAGGGUUCUAGUGUGGCUAGUGUGUCAGAUGAAAGGGCUAGACUAGAGGAGCUGAAGAGGCAAAGGGAAAUGGCAGCUGCUCAAAAGGAAGAAGAGAAGAAGAAGCGAGAAGAAGCAAAGGCAGCAGCUGCAGCUCGCAUCCAGGCCAAAAUGGAUGCUAAGAAAGGCGGAGGGAAAGGAAAGGCCAAGGGGGGAAAAUAGUUUUAUUUGUUUUCUCAUAAACUUUACUUUUAAAACAUUUUUAUAUCUCUAGUCAACUAAACUAAACAAUAUCAUCUGUUGAGAAUAAACACAUUGGGUAUUUUCUUUUGCUUGUAAUAAUAGUUCUGUUUCUAGCUUC